CUCCUGGCAUCGUCUCGUCGUUUUCGUUUGCAAUAAUGACCACGUUUAUUUUCUUCGAGAAGGUACGCAUGCGAUGACCGUUACGGUGACCAAGCCAGCACUGCGCUUCAUAGCGAGCCAAUACUCCCCCAGUCGGCUUGGCGCGGCCUGCGAGGGUGUUUGUGGCAUGACCUCAUCAUUCUGCCGGCAGCAUCCAUCCACGGGCUUCAAGCGACUUCCUAGACAGCUGGUCUUCUGCGAUUAAUUGAACGACAACAAACAUCGUAUACCAUUGCCUUCACUCCCUCGACGCUUGUGACAAGCCAUGGUACUCAUACCGGGCGUCCUGCCACCGUCGCACAGCACCUGGCAAGCUGCGUGCACACUGUUUCAGUACUUCCCUCUGGUAACAUCACUACAAUGGGUGCUCGACUGGUAUCCUAUGGGCAAGACGUCCGAUACAUCGCGAUUCAACGUCUCCGGGAAGUGGGGUUGGGCUAUCACCGAGUCCACAGGUUUCGUCACGCUGCUGUACAUAAUGUAUACCUUGCCUGAACAACAGGGCAUCAAGACGCUGCCGUGGGGCAACUGGACAAUGGCGGGCUGUUUCGUAAUACACUACCUAUACCGCGCAGUCCUCUCCCCGCUCUUCCUCAACCCAAGCAUGUCCCCUAUAAAUCCAAUCCUCUGCCUCGGUAUGGCCCUGUUCCAGAUCUUCAAUGCCGUUUCCAUUGGCGGCUGGCUCGCCGGCUACGGGCCUGUCACUGAUCAAGACUGGGCAGGCCGCUACUUCUCUAUGGAAGUGGGCCUCAUAAUCUGGGCCUGGGGCCUCCUCGGGAAUGCCUUCCACGACGACGACCUCCGCGAGAUUCGCAGAUCCGCAGACCGCAAACAGCGCAAGGAAGCGGAGAAGACGGGCAAGCCGAUUGAAGGCGUGGACAAGGUGUAUAUGAUUCCGAAGAACGGGCUGUUUAGAUAUGUGCUAUAUGCGCAUUAUUUUUGCGAGUGGGUUGAGUGGGCGGGCUUUUGGGCCAUUGGUGGUUGGAAGUGUCACCCGGCGAGGACUUUUUUGGUCAACGAGAUUGCGACCAUGUUGCCCAGGGCAUUGCAGGGCAAGCGGUGGUACGAGGCAAAGUUUGGAAAGGAUAAAGUGGGAGAUAGGAAGGCGGUCAUACCCGGGCUGAUAUAAGUGCCUACAGUCUCUGGCCAGUCGAGAAGACGCGCACCACCUCGCGCUGCACGCCAUUGUCAAGAUGCAUACUUGGGCUAUCAGAAGUAUCGCUUCGGAAGCCGGAGCACGUUCGACAUAUCAACAUAUACAUAAUCAUGUUCUAAUACGACAAGAGUCCACUUCACACCAAAAACUACAAAAACCUAUCAUUUACCCUACACACCACGUGCUCAACUGCUUCGUCGAUUAAACCUUC